AAUUAGCAUAUUUGAGAUGGCCACUGUUACUGUGUAAUUUUGAUUUAUUGUAUUUACCGGAAGAGUUGAAUGUUUAUCGUAUGAAAACUUGAUACUAAAUUUUAAUUUAUAUACUCUGAUGCUGAAGCCUACAUUUGCGUAUUGUAAUGUCUUUAAUAAUGAGCAGAUGGCUUAUUUGCCUUUUAAUUAUAUUCCACGAAUGCAUAGCUUCAACUCAUUGGAUCGUCACAGAAGACGGUCGGAUACAAGCUCAGAUGGAUUCAGUUUUUUCAUUAAAGCGUCCUUAUGAUCUUGUGGCCUUAAUGCAGCAAGAGAAGCGUGCUAUCCUUAUUGAAGAAUUAAAACAGCAGCUUAUGAUGCAGAAGGAAGAAAUCGAUCGACGUGAAGACAAGGAAACAAAUUUAGAAGGAAAAAUUUAUUCCACUGAUGAAGAUUGUACUGCUGCUGAAAAGCCACUCACGGAUUUUGACCUGUAUGCUAGUACUGUUGUUCCAUUUGGUUUCAAAGAAUUUGAUGAAGAGUUCAUUGAAAAUGCUCCGAAAAUAGGCCCAGAGGUUGAAUUGCAGAAACCCAAUUGCACUGAGGCUAUCAGUCUUGAUUUCAGUAUGCAUGCUUUUGAGCAUCUUACCGGUGUUAGAGAUCGUCAUAAUCUUUCAUUAUCACCAGAGGAAGGUCUUUAUCAUGCUAUUAAUGCUGCAGAAAAUGUUGAUGUGUAUGGACAUCUGGUGUAUGAAGCAAUGCAAAAGAACAAAACAUCGUGGAUAUUAUUCAAUAUGGCAGCAUAUUAUUGGAGAGUUCGAGGAAAUGCAAGCAAUGCAAUUGAAUGCAUUAGAAGAGCUCUGCAUUAUUCACCUCGAGAAUAUAAAUAUGUUGCAUUGCUGAGCCUUGGUAAUAUCUUGCAUCAUACUCAUCUUUCGGAGGAGGCUGCUAUUGUUGUUCAUGCUGCUGUUGAUAUAGCUCCUGAUAUUGCCGUAUCCCAUUUUACCCUUGGGAAUAUAUAUGCAGUUUUAGCAGAUUAUAACAAAUCAGCCAUCUGUUUUGAAAACACUCUGAAAGUGCAACCUGAUUUUAAAAAUGCAGAGCAGAGGUAUCAUGCUGUCAUGUGCCAUAGCAAACUUGAGAAAGCUCUUGAAGCCCAGCACAUAUCUCUACAGAGAACUCUGACCGAACUUCGAGAAUACCAGAAACAACACGAGUAUUGGUUACGUCAACAUGAAAAAUUAUUGAAUGAGCAGGCACCUCCAGAAGUUAAGUUAGAACAGAGGCUUGAAUAUGAAGAACAAAAAAUUCGUGAAAGUUUGGAUGGCAGAGGUAUGGAAACAUGCGGUCAUUCAAAACAGUGCUGGGGGGGUUUACCCAUUUUGUUCACGGUUAUGCCGCCCUCCUGACAUAUGUGGUACUCAGAUAAAUUAUAUUUAUCCAUUAAAGCUUUAUCAACUUUAUAUGAAACAAAUUAUAGGUUUUAUAACAAUUCGAAGCUUGAUUUUUUGUAAACAUUUUGUUGUUUUAAAUAUGUUGCUUUGUUAAAAAAAAAAGAACAGAUUUUGUGAGUUAUGUGCUUGCUGAGGUUUUUUUUUUUUUCACUCUGUUAUUCGUUCAAAAUUAUUUUUUCUGCAUUAGCUUGAGUGUGACAGUUUUAUAUGCAAUGUGAAACUUGAUUUACAAAUCAGUUAAAAGUAUUUGGUGUUAAUUCAAAAAGUCUCCUCAUUAAAGAACUGAUGCAGAAAAUUGAAUCUCAAUAAAGACAGUAUGACAGAUGUGAAUAACAUUUAUUCAAAUGUUUGUACUUAAUCCAUGUGUUUGUAAGAAAAUAUGCUUUCGUGUAUUUGAUAAAUAAUGGGCAAUUUUGAAAAUGAACAUAGCAUUUACAGUAUGGAAUAGCCUAUAAGCAUAAAGUCAGACUUAUUCUCAUAGGCUAUUUCAUGCUGUAAAGGAUACCAUAGCAUACUGUAAAUGCUAUGGUCUUAAACUUUGGUUUAUAGGAAAUUAAAUUAUAUUUCUUUGUGUUGAGUCUGUGUGAUAAAUUUAAUGAGUUUCUUUAUCAUAUAUAAAGUGCUGACAGGUUUUAGCAAUUGAAAGUAUUUUAUUAAUUUAUUGAUGAAAAAAUAAGCUGAAAUGUGAAUUCAGCAAAAUUAAUUGUGACAAACUAAAAGCAGUAGAAUGAUUUAAGUGCAGUAGAAUGUCUUUUAUUGGAUAUCUUUUCUAUUUCAAACAUCUCUGUCUUUUUCAUUUAUGAAGCAAAUCAUUAAAUCAAUUAUCAUUAAAUCAUUAAUCAAUAAAGCUGCAUUUUUAUAUUAAUAUUUUAUAUAUGAGACAUUAAUUUAUUCUUAGCAGUGGGCAUGUUUCAGCAUAGUUCAAAGCAAAAUUUCUCAAUCCUUUUAUUCACAGGUAAUGUGAUAAUUCUACUCUCCUGAUUACAACUGAUAAGAUUUUGUGUAAAUUUUUAAUGAGAUGGUAUUUCACAUUUUCAGUGCCACUUUAAAACCCCAACCUAUUAAAAAAAUUCUGCAGGAAAAAAUUUAGGAACACUCUUAAAAAUAUUCAUCAGCUGUUUCAUUUCAGAACAGCUGAUGAAUGACUUUUGAAUUCACAUUCUUGUUUGAAUUUAAAAUAGUAACUUCUACCAUAUAUCAUCUGGAAACAUGGUAUCAUUUGAAAGAAUAAUUCAGAAGUGCAGAUACAGAUGUUUUUUGAACAGAAUUGAUUAAGUUAUAAUUUUAGUGUCAAAGAAUAUCAAACUCAGGUCAGUGCAAAUGUAGUCUUUGUAAUUCCUGUUGCUUGGAUCCAUGUAAAAGGUAUGAGUUUACAGAAAGUUUAGUAAAAAUUGUCACCAAAUAUUAGAAGUGUUUUUCUUAUUUUUUCAGAAGACAUGUAGCAUAUGAGAAAUAGUUAAUGCUAAAUUAUGUAUUAGAAAAUGGUUGAAAAUUCUUUUUGUGGUAACAAUACAGUAAGUUAGAAAAAUAAGUUGCUGAAUGCCAAGUUAUCCAAAUAGUUUGCUUUCUAGCAUGUUUUCGGUUAUUAAAUACAUCUGCACCUAUAAAUUUGUUUAAAAUUUUUCAUAAUAUGUUAUAAAGUCCAAUAAUCUGACAUAUGAAUAAGUCCAAUAAUCUGACACAUUUGAUAAUCCAAAAUUAUCAGUCUAGAACAGAGGUCUUCAACCUUUUUGUCCCUAAGAACACAUUCUAGAACAUCUGUUGGAAGGCAGGCACCAUUUACUUUUUCAAGGUGAAUUUAUAGUUAAUAAUACAUGCACAUAAAAAAGAGAUUGAUCGCAAUACUGUUUUUGUUGGUAUCUGUGUUAGGUGCAAUUUCUAUUUUAUUAAAAAUGAGAAAACUUUCACAUAGAAUUCUACUGAAAACAAACAUUUUUAAUUGUGAUCACACAGCAGCGGGCUUACGUUAAACAAUCGGCGGGUGCUAUGGUGCCUGCUGGUAUAGGGUUGGGAACCCUGGUCUAGAACAUGCAGGAUUAUAGUGUAAUAGUUCAGUUUACUUGAUAAUUCAGAAUUUUCUUUCAGUCUCAAACAUGCUAGAUUAUUGUACUUUUAUAGUACAAAUUUCUAAAACUGAAAACAAAUUUUUAUGGUGCUUUAUGAAUUCUUUUUGUUGUUUAUAUUAUUGUAUUCAUUAUUAACUAUAUCCAGCUGUAAAAACGCUUUGUGAAAGUAUAUGUUGUUCACUGCACCUUCGGUAGUUUGAUAUCAUACUAAAAGAUUUGGAAUUGCUCUGUUAAGUGCAUUUCGGAUGAAAUAUAAGAUAAUCAGAGUCACUUUGUGCUACUUAAAAAUUGAAUGCAUUUUUAGUUUAUCAAUUAUAAGUAUUUUUUAAACAGUAAAGGGUAGAAAAUUCAAUUUUAGUGCUAUAAAAUUUCUCUUAACAGCUUGCAACAUGUACAACUUCAGCAACUAAAUUUCCAAACAUUGUCCUGAAGUUGCUACUUUGAUACCAUACAAUUGAUUCUUUAGAUAAAAUUCCUCAGGGUGUGGGAACAACAACUUUAGAACAAAUGUAGCUUUCAUUUUGGAAACUGAUGAUUCAGUGAAUUACUUUAUUGUAAAUUUUUACUAUAAAGGUUUUUCAAGUAAAUUUACAGAAAUUUAAUUUAAAAACGUAAAAUAUAGAACAGUACUACCUUGUUAGCCAUUUAGAGAGAAAUGUGUGGGUUACGCUGCAAAUGUACUUUUGUCUGCGAAUUGUGACCAUUUUUUGAUAUUAUUAAAUUUCAGGUGAUAAGUAAUGUUACAUAAAUUUUUUUGCUCAAAACAAUUCACCAUAUGGAUUUAGUUUACAUCCAGAACAUCAGUUUAUAUAUAUAUAUAUAUAUAUGAAAAGGUUUUAUAACUUCUUUCAAAUGGCAAUCAUUGCAAAAGUAUUUGAAGAAGCUAUGUAUAUAAAUUUAUUUUAAAGCGUACUGUUUAUUUUGUAUGCUAUGCCAUGUAAUAAAACUUGGAAAAGUGAAAUGUAUUAUGAUAUGCAGUAUCAAAUUUACUGCUUUGAUCAAUGGUGCUACUUGCUUUGACUAAUUACUGCUUUGACUUUGAUCACUGCUUUGACUGUAUCAAAUUUACCGCUUUGACUAAAUUUGAUUGCAGUAUCAAAUUUACUGCUUUGACUAAUUGACUUUACUUAAAACUUGACUUUUCAUUUCGGUUUUAUUAUGUAAGAAUGCUGCGCAAUUGAAUGAAACAAAUGGACAGCCAUAGUUGUAGAAUACAUGUAAAAAUUGAUGUAUUGUAUGUAAUUAUUGUCAGGAUGAAUUUUAAGAUUUUAAUUGUUCGUUCUUCAUCUGCUGAUAAUAAAUCAUUGGGAUUUAGAAUUCAUGGAAAGCACUAUGAUGGAAGUGGCUCAUUUGAGAAAGUUCUUUUAAGUACUGAACUGCAAAUUUUGUAUUAAGGGACGGGGGACUCAAAAGCUAAACAAAAAAACAACACAAAAGUUAAGUAUUUGUAAAUUCCCUGCAGUUUAAUGAUUUAUUGCAAGGAAAAAUAAGAUGAUUAGCAAAUUCCUGUAAUUAUGUGUCCUUCCAGUGAAUUCAGAAAGGCAUCUUAAUGUGAGUAUUGAAGUCGCAGAAUUGCCACAAGCAUUUGGAAUGAAGUAAUUUUUUUUUUUUCUUAUGACAAGUUCACAGUUUAAUAAUUAAUUGUGGGAAAGAAUAAAAUUAGUAGAAAAUUUAUCUUAAUUAUGUGGCAACGAGUACUUAGAUUGAGAAAGAGAUCUUUAUGUCAGCAUUUGUAGGCCACAGGGUUGCCACAAGCAUUUGGAAUGAAUUUUUUUUUAAAGCAAGUUCAUUAAUUUUUAGGUCUUCUCAAUGAUAUCAAGGUUGGUAGCAUCCUUGAUAUCAUUGAGACAUCAAUGUAACAUCAAUAAGAAUUUUAAGAGGUGUUUCACCUCUGAAUUAUAUUUUAAUUACAUUAGUUGUUAAGAGUUUUUUUUUAACAUUUGGAAAAGUGAGUUAAAGAUUACAAUGACUUGAACAUGAGAACUGUUAUGUAUGUUCUUGCACAGCUUUUGAAAAUUCAGAAUGUUUAUACAUUGUUAUAAAAAAAGAGAAGAAAAAAAAACAGCAAUUAUGAUAAUUGGGUGAUGCCCAUUGCUUUUUUUUUUUUUUUAAACGGAUUGAAAAAAUUCCUUUUAUGAGCACAUUUGUAUCAUUUAUGGGUUAUUAUUAUUUUGUGAAGGAAGUUGUAUUCUGUCUAUGCUGUUUCUUUGAUAAUUAUUAAUUGCUGGAAUUAUGAAACUGAAUGUGCAUGUUUGACAUCAUAGAAAUGUAAACAUCACUGUGCAAUUUUUGUUUUUGUUUUUUGAUAUUCUGAGAUAGUAUAAUCUGAACAGCAAGGCAGGAUUCGUGUAAUGUAAACAUGCUACCAAUAGGUGACUUCUAUAUUUAUACAGUGCUAUCAUUGUAUAUGUGAGUUCAUUUUGCACCAUAAUUGAACCUACACCAGCAAGGAAAUAUUGAAAGAGACUAUCAAAAUGUAUCAUUAAAGUUGAACUUGCAUUAUGAGAUUGAUAGCCUAUUUCUGAUUCCAUGUGAGUAGGAGAAGUGAUUAUGAUAUAUUAAUAGCUGAUAUAAAACAGCAUAAUCUAUUUGACAGGAGGAAGAAAAGUGCAGUUGCAAUGCAUUGUACUAUUAUUAUAUAUAAGAAUGCUGAUAUUUAAUGUAAUUGGGUUUACAAAUAGUAAAAGCUAUGAAAGGGAAUAACAAUGGGAGAAAGGGAAAAAAAGAUGGUGAAACUUCUUUUGAAGUUGGUAAACUGUGAAAGUAUAUAUUUGGUGAGGGGUAAUUAAUUGUUAUACCUAAAAUUAUUGUUAUUAUUUACUGUUAUGAAAAUGCUGUAAAGUUAAACUUUUAAGUAUUGCAUAAAAGUGUUGUUUUUAUUAUUUUUCAUAUUAUUAAGUUCAUAAAUAUUACUAUUGCUGUAAUUAAUAUUGUUUUAUAUAUAAUUGCUAUCAAUAUUAUUAUUAACUGUAAAUUUUAUAAUUAUUAUGCAUCAUAUAUUCAUGUGUAAUGUAUAACUAUUGAUGUUGAAUAAUUUUCUAAUUUUGAGGGAGGGAAGGGAAAUACAGAAAACCUCCCUAAGAGGAUCAUGUGUGACUAUUAAUGAUAUUCAGUGUUAAUAUUGAUCUACGCUGUCAGAAGAACUGAUAAUUUUAAGAGUUAAACUUGUUAGGAAAAUGGUUCUUUCAGUAGUUUCACUGUGUUUUAUUCUGUAUGUGUAUGUUUUACUUUCAUUAAAUUUAAAAAAAAAAAAAAAAAAAAAAAA